AUGUGGUCAAAGCUUGCCCUUUUUGGCUUUGUCCUUACGACUUACGCCCGAGUCUCUCGCCAGUGCAAGGAUGACGUCUGCUACAGUUUGAAUAUACCUCAAGAGACGGCCUCUUCUGGUGUGGGAGAUAUCUACUUCCAGAUCACUGGCCCCACAAACUACACCUGGAUCGGGCUUGGUCAAGGGUCUUCAAUGACGGGGUCACGCCUCUUUGUCAUGUAUACUUCUGCAGAUGGCAGCAAUGUGACAGUCUCACCGCGGCUUGGAACGGGUUACAAUCUUCCACAAUUCGACAACGCAACUCAACUGUCUGUUCUCGAAGGGUCGGGGGUGACUGAUGGAACCAUGACGGCAAAUAUUCGAUGCACCAACUGCCAGAACUGGUCCGAUAGCGGAUCGAUGUCUUUUCAGAGUGCGUCGGCAACAUGGAUGCACGCAAAAGCAGCAGGAGACCCUUUGAACUCGGAUGAUCCUAAUCAAGGAAUCCCAUUUCAUGGCCCAUCAUAUGGCACCUUCGAGUGGGAUUUUGCUGAUGCUAAGGGAGGCGACAGUCCAAACCCGUUCACUUCGGCAGAAGAAAACUCAAACACUGGAACACAGAUCGACAAUAAGGACCUCAGAUCAACAAAACGUCGUAUCCUAACGGCUCACGGCGUGCUCGCGUGCAUGGCAUUCAUCAUAUUCUUCCCUACUGGCGCAAUUAGCCUGCGCAUGCUACAUUUCCGCGGCGCCGUAUGGGUCCACGUGGGUAUGCAAGGCUUUGCGUUCUUGAUGUUCAUCAUCGCGUUCGGAAUGGGCAUUUACCUUACAAAGGAUAAUUAUGCAAGUGAAACGCACCCUACGAUCGGCAAAGUCGUCCUUGUCAUGCUCUUCAUCCAAUUUAUUCUUGGCCACCUCCACCACAGAUUUUUCAAGAAAAAUACCCGGCGGGGAUAUUGGUCACACGGACAUCUGUGGCUUGGGCGCAUUGUGAUAACUCUUGGAAUAGUUAAUGGCGGCCUCGGGCUGGAGCUGGCAGAUCAAGGCAAGGGUGCCUACAUCGCCUAUGGGGUUGUGGCGGGCAUUGUGUGGUUUCUGUACGUCGCCGUUGCCGUAUAUGGGGAGCUUACGAGAAAGAAUAGGGGGACAACGGAUGAAACACAGGAUCAGGAAGGCAAGGCGUGA